AUGGGAAAUCAAACUGCAACAACAGCAUUUGUCUUCCUUGGCUUCUCCAGCUUCCCAGAGCCCCAAGUGUUGUUCUUUAUCCUGUUUCUGACCAUGUACAUCACCACCUUGCUUGGCAAUGGUCUUAUUCUGGCCACUGGAUGGCUAGAUUCUGGCCUCUGUGUGCCCAUGUACUACUUUAUCCGGCACCUGUCAUUCCUGGACAUCUGCUACACAUCCGUCACGCUGCCCCACAUGCUUAAGAAUCUGUUGGCAGAGACAAAGACCAUCUCCAUCCAAGGCUGCCUAGUACAGCUUUACUUCUUAGUGACGUUUGUAGGUGUUGAGUGCCUCCUUCUGGCUGUGAUGGCCUAUGAUCGAUAUGUUGCCAUCUGCCAUCCACUUAUGUACACCCUCUUCAUGAAUAGGAAAAUGUGUGCCCAGCUGGUGGCGGCCUCUUGGACCUGUGGCUUCCUCAAUUCAGUCCUGCACACUGUCAUGACCGCUCUCCUGCCCUUCUGCGGCUCUCGCAACCUGGACCAUUUGUUCUGUGAUGUCCCCCAACUACUUAAGCUGUCUUGCACAGACACGUUCCCCAACCAGAUCACCUUGCUGGUAGUAACUAUGCUGCUUGGUGUCAGUCCUUUUCUCUGCAUCGUGGUGUCCUAUGUUAACAUCGUGGCAGCUGUCUUGAAGAUCCGCACGACCCAAGGCCGCCGCAAAGCCUUCUCCACCUGUACUUCGCACCUCAUGGUGGUCACCUUAUUCUACUCCACCUGCAUGUUCAAUUAUAACAGGCCCAGCGCUAGCCAUUCUAUAUAUAUAGACAUCCUGGCAUCUGUGUUCUACAAUGUUGUGACGCCCAUGCUGAACCCUAUCAUAUAUUGCCUGAGAAACAAAGAAAUGAAGGAAGCUCUGAAGCGUGUGCUCCACCCCAAGAUGCCAUCUUCCCUCUAG